GCAAAGAGAAAAAUAAAAAGUCGAAUGCGCAUUAGGCUGAAAUAAAUCAACGUUUUUCUUAUAAAAUCAGUCAGCAGCCAAAGCCAAAGAAAACAAAGAAAUAUAUAUAUAUAGUAUCAGGAUUAAAGCGAAGCAUAUAAAAGUGCAUUUAGAGCCAAGAGCAUUAAUCGCUAGUCACCUGCGUGCUGUGGGUGUGUGCGUGUGUGUGUGCGUGUUUGUGUGGGUGCGUGCGUUGUGAGCUGCGCGUGUGUUUGUGUGUGCUUUGUUCUAAAAGAGCCGCUGGUGUGUGGAAAUGGCGAAGAAAACCUACGAUUUGCUCUUUAAACUGUUGCUAAUUGGCGAUUCGGGUGUUGGCAAGACCUGCAUAUUAUUUCGCUUCUCCGAUGAUGCCUUCACCUCGACCUUUAUAUCCACCAUAGGAAUUGAUUUCAAAAUAAAAACCGUGGAGCUGCGGGGCAAAAAGAUCAAACUGCAGAUAUGGGACACGGCCGGCCAGGAGAGAUUCCACACAAUAACCACCUCCUACUAUCGUGGGGCGAUGGGCAUCAUGCUCGUCUAUGACAUAACGAACGAAAAGAGUUUCGAGAAUAUCGUCAAAUGGCUACGCAACAUUGACGAGCAUGCCAAUGAGGAUGUGGAAAAGAUGAUACUGGGCAACAAAUGCGACAUGACGGACAAGCGUGUGGUGAACAAGGAGCGCGGCGAGGCGAUUGCUCGAGAGCAUGGCAUUCGGUUCAUGGAAACAUCCGCCAAGUCGAACAUCAACAUUGAGCGUGCUUUUUGCGAGCUCGCCGAGGCCAUACUGGAUAAGACGUCUGGGAAGGAGGCGGCCGAGAAUCCGGAGCGUGUCGUCAUCGAUCGUCGGAAUAAUGACAAGGCGCCGGGCUACAGCAAAUGCUGUGCGUAAAACGGGGACGAGUGGCGUGGAGUGGUCAAGGCUCUCUCCGCCGUGGGGCCGUGGUCGUGUCGUGUGUGCGAUGAAGACGAGACGAGAAUUGGGAGUUUGCGGAUCAGUUUUAGAAACAAAUGAAGCAAUAAACGUAGACAAAAAACACACACGCACACACACACACACAGAGCGUGGUUGAAUGGAGAGGAGAGAAAUUACUUACUACAACAAAAAUAUGCAGAAGGAACAACAACAGAGCAAGCACAAGAAACAGCAACAGCAACAGAAACAACCUACCUAAAAGUUUAAACAAUUUGCAACAACGAACAUUUGGACGAGACUUUACAAUGAUGUUGGUUAUAAUGGAAGACACAGACUCAGAGGCAGAGGCAGCUACAGAUGCAAAUGCAAAUGGAUGUGGGAUACGGAUACGAAUACGAAUACGUUAGUUAACGCACAACACAAGAACCAACAAGGAAAAGUGAAGGAGCAGCAGCAAAGAAUGUGAGAAACAGAACUGCAUUUCAUGUCUGUCUCAGGGGCCACUCCAGGCGUCUGGCACUUGGUUUGCCCCCACCAUGAGGCGAUCUCUAGUUAGCUAACGUGGUACAGAUUUUUUACAAUACGUGUAAUAGGGCUUAAUCUCCACUAGAAGAACGUAACCAAACACACACACAACCUUUUUUCCAUAGAAUGUCUCUAUAGAGUCUAGAAGCAAACAUAAAAAACAAACAGAAACAAAAACCAAACAAAAAAACAAGCAAUUUUUUGUAUAAUGGAACAUUUUUUGAUAUGCUAUAUACGAUGAUUCCUAGUAACUAACUAACUAUUACCACUACAUUAGCGCACCUUUUACUGCUCCGCCAACAAGUUUCCAUCUUCCGAUUUGCUACAAGCACACACACACACACAAACCUCUGGCAAACGUUUUGUUUUUUAUAGAUUAUAGAAAUUAUAGCGCAGUCAUUAGACAUACAAUAUGCAGCCAUGCAUCACCCUCCGCAAUAUCCUGGAACGCUAAAUAUUGCAUCAACAUUAGCAGAACAGAAGCAGCAUUUCGAUAAGAAAGUCUGAGCAUUUGAUUGUUGAUUUUUGGCACGACUAUCAGGAAUGUCAAUGACAUGUCUCGAUCGCCCAUUGCUUCUGUCUGAAAUCUGACUUGAACAUGUUGUAAUAAUUGUUUACCAUCUAAUACUAGUACUUACCUGGCUUGAGAUCUUGCUUACGUUUCGUUUCGUUGUUUGUGCAAGUUGUCGCAGAGUUGGGUUUCGGGUGCGGGUUUGGGCUCGGGUUACUCAUGCCAGAGGUUGGUUUCGCUGUGCCACUGUUUCCACGUUUUGUUCACUGAUCAUUACAUAUAUAUACAUAUAUAUAGAGAGUACAUAAACAGCUGUAGGCAUGGGCAUUGGGUGUGUGUGGUUGCCCAGCUAAAAACAAAAUCCAGCCUAAAUAUGUUCAUGCUAAAUGUACUUUUUCCUUCUUGUAAUUUUAUUGUAAACCAUUUAAUUUUUUUUUUUUGUGUGUAAUACUUAUUAUUUGUAAUUGUAUAUGGAUUUAGUGUAGUUGUCCACACCAAAUGAUUUACCGAUUAAAAAACAACAAAAUAUAUAAUGAACAAUCCAAA